CUCCUCCUCCUCCUGCUCGGCAGCAGAGGAGCCGCUGACAGGCGGAGCUGCAGCACCUCCUCCGCUCUCCUCCUCCAUCGGAUCUCCUCUCCGAGCCUCCGGCAUGCCGCGGCCGCCUGCCUGCGCUGCUCAGCGGGACCAGCCGCCUCGGUCGGUGGAUGAAUGAGUUGAGAAAGUCCGCUGGAAGUGAGCGGAGCCGGACAGCGGUGGAUGGGAGAUGAAUGUGACCGAGCGACCCGCCAGCCUCCCGGUUCCAACUUCGACCAAAUCUGGAAUUGCUUUGCUCUACAACCAGGAGAGCAGCAACACCUACGACGUCUGCCUCAAACUCACCAAAGACACGUUAACCAUUCAGAAGCUGGAUGUGGUCUGCACAAACGGAAGCCAAUCCCAAGUAAACCACAGAACUGUUGUACUGCGAAGACAGGCGACCGGCGGCCUGGGCUUAAGCAUCAAAGUUAAUGGCAUUAAUGUGGAGAACUGCACGCACCAGGAAGUAGUUCACCUCCUGCGGACCGCAGGUGAUGAGGUCACCAUCACCGUUCGCUACCUGAGAGAAGUCCCAUCCUUCCUGAAACUGCCUCUGGGUUCUCCUGGACUGGACCACAGUCGUGUUUCCUCUCCGCUGUUCGACAGCGGCUUACAUUUAAAUGGAAACGGAAGCAACACAGCUCCAUCUCUCCCCUCGCCCUCGGCUAACGAACCAAAGUAUGAGAAGCGCUGGCUGGACGCUGUCUGUUUGCCCUUGUUGAUGGCCAGAGUCUCCAGAUACAAAGCUGGCACCGAUAAAUUAAGGUCCAACUGUUUCGAGGUUUUUGCCCUGAAUGGAACCGUCACCAAUAUUCUUCAGUUUUGCACUGCGGCUGAAAGCAUUGACUGGCUCCAAGCAAUAUCUACAAACAUCAACGACUUGACGCAGGAGAACAUAAAAAUGUUGAACAGUUCCUGCUCUUCAGAGGACCAGAUUAUUCACAUGGGCUGGACAUGUGAAACUCCAGAGGGCAGCACCACAUGUCGGAGUUCAGUCUUCAGGUUCCUGGCACUGAGAGGACCAUAUUUCUAUAUCUUCAAAACUCCCCCGAUUGGCGCCACUGACUGGGGACAAGCCGAGACGACGUAUAACCUCUAUGAGGUUCUAUUUAAGGUUCAUAAGCUGUGGAUGGCGGAGGACUGCUGGCUGCAGGCCCGGCUCUACCUGGGCCUGGAACACUCUCCUGAGCAGCAGGACAGCAGUGAGUCGCUUUGCUUCAGCAUUCUGGUCGGCCACGGUCAGAGCCACACCUUCCGGGUGGAGCUGGCCACCGACCUGGCAAUCUGGGAGAAAUCCUUCCAAAGAGCCGUCUUCUUGGAGGUGCAGCGAGUGCGAUCCAACAGCUACAUGUGCAGCAGCCAGGGGACAGUUCUAAGCUUCACCAUAGAUUUUGGAUCAGGGUUCAGCUGCUCAGACGUCGCUUCAACGACGGUUCUGUGGAGAUACAAGUUCUCUCAACUCAAAGGCUCCUCUGACGAUGGGAAGACGAGAGUAAAGCUGCUUUUCAAGAACGCUGAGAGCAAUCAAAUAGAAAUGAAGGAGCUGGAGUUUGCCAACCUAACUGCAGUCCUCCACUGUAUUCACUCCUUUAUCGCUGCCAAAGUGGCCUCCAUGGACCCUCACUUCAUGUGCAGUCAAAGCUUCCCUGGACAAUAUGUGAACAGUUAAAGAAAGAUUCCUUCCUGUGAUUUACCUCCAGAUAUGUUUCUGUUCUUACUGCUAUUUUUCUAUAAACGUCUGUAAAGCAGAUCUCUGUGAAAGACUUUAAAGGUAGAUUACGCAGAGAUUCGUUCUUAUCCGAUUUCCAAAAUGAAGGCAAACAUUUAUCCUUCUUUCCUUUUUUUACUUUAAAUCGAAACAUGAGCCUGAGGAGCACUUCCUGUUACAGCUCAGGAAUAAGGAGAUAACGAUGCAGAAGGAGAGCAGCAAUAAGUUUGUCAUUCUUUAGCGACGGGUGUUAAUAAAGCUUUUAAAAGACUGAUGUUGGUUUUACAUUUAAAGUUCUACAGUUUGUCUCUAAUGUUUGUGAAAUCCAGGAUUACUGUGUAAUAAAGUAAAAACUGUUUCAGCACCUUUCUGCAUCAUUUCCCUUAAUUACUCUGUAUAAUUACCUAAAUAAAACAGUUUGAUACCAAGAAAUUAUCCAGUUUCCUGGUUAGUGUUUAGGCUGCAAUACACUCAGUAGUAUUAAACCUUUAGUUCCUAUUUUUAGGAUCAAUAAUUGACUCUGUUUGUUAGGGCCAGGUUAAGAGAUUUUUAAAAUUUUGUGAAUAAAGUCGUAAAAUUACCAAAAUGAAGUCAAGAGAAUGAAGUCAAACCACAACCUCUUUCAGAAAGAAAGCUUGGAGCUCCGCCCAGCAGAUGACGUCCGACCAGCUCCACCAAUCAGCAACCAGAGUCCACUUUGACAUCCUGCCCAGUUUGAUGCUGCUGCUAAAAGAUUUCCUGAUUUGUCAAACCGAUGCUAAAGUAGAACUUCACAUGAUGCUCCACAUUCCUCAUUCUAGGGAAGGAAGGGCUUCUUGGAAGAGUUGUCAUAAAAUACAACAUUACAACAU